AUGGCAAAUACGAGCAGCGCGCUCCCAAGCUGGGCGGCAAUAGUCGCUAGUCGCGCUCGAGUCGUGCCGCUCAUCGACACUCAAGUGCCUGCGUCCGUGGGCCAAGCCAUCGCUCCACAAGCCCAAGUCGCGCAACCCAGCGACAAUCCUGCGUCUGCGUCCGUGGGCCAAGCCAUCGCUCCAAAAGCCCAGGUCGCGCACCCCACCGACAGUCCUGCGUCUGCGUCGGAAGAGGAUGAAGUGUCGGAGCGGGUAACACAGAAUCUGAGCAGCGACACCGCAACCGUGGGCGAAACCACCACCCCACAGGCUCAAGUCAUGCAGUCCAUCAACAGUACUCAAACUGCAUUCAUCACCGCGAAUUGGAAUAAGCCCGCACAAUCCGCGGAAUUGUUAAGGCGCUACCCGGAUUAUAAGGUCCCCGCAUCUGCAUUCAGGACGGAGGAUGAGCUCGCAGCUCAAGAAGCGAAGUUGUCAGGGCGAUGCCCGGAUGAUCAGGUCCCCGACGAUCUGAUAUACAAGUACAGAUGCACUGUCCGCAGCCUGAUUGUCCAUCAGAUAGCUCGACAGCUCGUCAGUCCGGACGCAUUGCGACAGACUCUGUGCCAUCUCCGGUUGGAGGACAUGCAAUGUCUGCGGCACGUAUCGACACAGUGGCGAGAAGCGCUGAGAGUCAUCUACGAGGAGAGGUACUCCUACUGGAAAUCGUCGGCGACAUGGCAGGUAAAGGUUACAAAGUGGAACUGUCGUGGAGAUUGUCAUUAUUGCCAGAUUCUGGAACCUUCCAGUGUGGUUGCAGAUGCUGAGAGUGUGAGAGAAAGUGCAGAUACACCGCAGCUGGGAGAGACCGCUGGUGCAAAUAUCAAGAGUGUGAGAGAUGGUGCCGAUACACCACAGCAGGAAUAG